UGUGCUGAAGAUAAUCUCCGACCGACAUGCACAACAAGUGAACUUUAUUACUCGCUGGUAAGUCAUUAGCCUAGUCAACUUCGUGCUAGGCUAUUCCCGUAGUGCGUGGACACAAAGCAACGGUUUUGGGUUAGAGUGCGGACAGCUGAAAAACCGACAAGUCUCCAUUAUCCUUCAGCCAUGUUUGAGAAACAGCGCUAUGACAGCCCCCCUAUGUACAGCCCCCCUUACAGCCCCCCCUCCAAUGGCUUUGGGCCUCCUGGGAGCUUCCACCCCCCAAGGAGUGAGUUUGAUCCUUACCCACCCCCUCCUGGCUCAUACUAUAUGGAAGGGAAGCCCCAGAACUUCUACAAGUGGAUCUCCCCUCCUGGCAUUGUGAAGGCUAUGGAGGGCCUCAUUGUGGUGCUGUGCAUUGGGAUCUUUGCCUGUGUGGCCUCCACGCUGGUCUGGGACAUGCAGUACGGUUACGGAAUGGGUGGAAUGGGGGGCUACGGAAUGAGCGGAGUAGGAGGCUAUGGCUACGGCAGUAGCAUGGGGGUUGGCACUGGCUACUACGGAGGAGGAGGCUAUGGAGGGGGCUACGGAGGGGGCUACUACAACUCGUACCCGACACCUUACUCUGCAAAGACCAGCAUGAUUGCCCUGGCAGCCAUCAACUUCCUGGCCGCCUUGGGGUUCUUCGUGGCCAGCUUCUCCAAGACCAACACCGUGCGCAGCCGCAAGUUCUACCUGGUUGUGCUGGUGGUCAGUGUGAUCCUGGCAUUCCUCCAGGGAAUCAUCAACAUUGUGUACAUUGUUGGGGUCAACCCCAUGGCUCAAAGCUCACAGAGCAUGCUCUACAACCCCAUGCUGAUGAUGUGUCAGAACCUGUACAACAGUGGAUCUAUGGGAGGAGGCUUCCCCAUGUAUAACCAGUACCUCUACCACUACUGCUACGUGGACCCACAGGAGGCUGUGGCUAUGGUGUGCGGCUUCCUGGUGGUCAUUGCCCUCAUUGUGGCUGCUUACUUUUCCUUCAAAACACGCAGCAAGAUCUGGCGCUACGGAAAAACCAACAUCUACUGGGACCCGCCACUAACAGGGGCCCCGGAGGGCAGGGACGUGGAGGACUGGGUCAACAAUGUGGACGAUGAGCACAGCGUUCAGGAUGCACCGACUGUGGUGCUGUCGGAGAAAGUCGCCUCCCCUCUCAACAUGGCGAACAGCAUCACUUCCUACCCUGUGAAGAGUGACAGCGUCUUCAGUGGAGAGACGUACAACGGCAACGUCUACUCUGAGCAGUCCGUCAGCCGGCCCUCUGAUCAGCCGUCCCGCGGCGGGGGGGCCAGCUCCAGCCCCUCAGAGGAGGCGGGGGGGGUGCGUCGGCCUGCAGCGUGGAGGGGGAAGAGGCGCCGGCGGAACCCCGAGCUGGACGAGUCACAGUACGAGACGGAGUACACCACGGGCGCGGAUACGGGCCCCGAGCUGGACGAGGACCAGUGGAACAGCAUAUACCCAGAAAUCACCUCAGAUGGACAACGUCAGGAGUACAAGAGAGAGUUUGACUCGGACCUGAAAGCCUACAAGCGCCUGUGUGCAGAAAUGGACGACAUCCACGACCAGAUGAACAAACUGAGCCGGGAGCUGGACACCCUGGAUGAGGGUACAGCCAAGUACCAGGCUGUGGCAGAAGAAUAUAAUCGGCUGAAGGACUUGAAGAGGACUCCGGACUAUCAGACCAAGAAGCUCCACUGCAAAGAGCUCAGACAUAAACUCUUCCACAUCAAGGGCAUGGUGAAGAACUACGACAAGGGCCACUCUUAGAGCCGACGGCCUUCCCCCCCCCUUGCCCCUCUACAGACAGUACAGACAGUUCUCCUGAAUCCUAGCUCUCUGUGACCCACCCGGACUGAACAGGACACUCCGAUCGAAACUGUGUGGACCAGAGCCCCACCCACUCAGACCUCCACACAUAUGGACCGAAGCUAGGGAUUCAGGGGUAGGGAUGGACCCCUAUGAAACCGGACAGACUUCCUUAGCACCUCCUCUCACUGCGUCUCGCUUAUGGCUUCCUUCAGGUAUUAUUUUGAUCUUGGUGCUGCUCGGCAACAACGGGGCUUUUACUGACAGGGCGGCUGCUUAGAUUUUGGAGUUCAGGGCAGAAGCUUCUGGAAGGGAUCUCAAGGGGUUCUAUGCAUUUUCAGGCAGGUAUGCGGUAGCUUAAUGUCGCGUUGCACGUGGAACAGUUGGGAGUGGAUGGGUGGAAAUGAGCUUAAUGGAAAGUUGUUUGCACACAUAAGUGUGUCUUGGGCUUUGUUCUUUAUCGCAGAUAUGAAAAACUGAGCUGAACUUUUUUUUAUUUCUUGCCUUAGAUAAGGCGCCAACAGUAAGAAAAUUGAACGUCAUUGAUUUUUGCCAACUGUACAGACAAACUCUUAUUUUAUAUUCUGCUUCUUCUUCUUCAUUUAACCAAAGGAAACAAAUGGUUUUAUUUUCACCUUACAAAAACAAAGUUCUAUGCAGUUGACUUUUAUAAUAAAAAAAAUGUAGGGUACCCUAUUUAGUGCUAGAAUUGAUAAAUACUUUUGCAGGAUAUUCAAGUUGUAUGUUCUCUUCUCCCAGCCUUUCCAUAAUAUCAUUUAUUUGCUUAAAUUUCACUGUCACAAGUUAGAUUUACCAUUUCAGUUAAAAUAAGGGAUUUAAGCAACAUUUUGCUGUGAUACAGGAUUUAAAAUUAGAAAACUUAAAAAAUAUAUUUUUAUUCCAUACUGAGGUGUUGUUCGAACAUGAAGACAUGAGUACAUGUUGCUAGCCAUUUGUUCCAGUGAGGCUAGCCACUUGGCGAAUAGUUCUGAUGCACUGAUGCCAUGCAGAUCUGUAAGUGCUAUAUUCUGAAAGGUGAGAUUAUUUUGGUUGAGGAAUUAGAAGGAUCCCAUGUCUUUUUGUGUCACCAGUACAUUAUCUAUCUACUGUUAUGGGUUUCAUUUUUCUGCGUUUUCAUGCAUAUUGACAUUUUUCAGGCAUUUUUAAAAAAAACUAUAAGUACUGUUGUAAAACCGUCUUAUUUUCAGGACCCUGUUUAAAUGUAGUUAGAAAAGUAACAGAAAUCUGUAUAGUUUUAUGGCAUUUUUUAACCUUUAUCUAUAUUUGUAUUUUUAUGUCACAGUAGAUCAGUGCUUCCCAAACUAGGUUAUGGGGACUCACUGUGUAUGCAGACUUCAUUUAAAGCAUUAUGGCCACCACUGAAUUGUAAUUGCUAAUGCUGAUAAUUGCUCUUAAUUAGACACAUAUAAUGUCUGUUGAUGGAUGAUUUACUGUCUUUAGGAUUAUGUGAAAUAUAGCUAUGCAUACCACAAGGAAUUAAUGUUCCAUAUUCAAAUCCCAUGACAUGUAAUCAGAUCAACAAAUGCUUUCAUUUUUAGUGUGCCAUAUGAGAGAUGAUUAGUGUUACAUUUUAUUAAUUAAUUCAGUUACAGUAUGACAGGUAAAAUCAGUGAGGUCCUAACUGCUGGAAGUGUCCACACCUGGUGACUGAAAAUAACCAUUAGUGGAAAACAAAGACCUCAAAUACAAGGUAAAUGGCAACAAGCCAAACCUAUAUUGUGUUAAAUUUAGUUUAAAAAAAUAAUUAUAGUGGAACUUAAUAAACACAGUUGUUUUCAGCCAGGUUAAUUGGUCAAGAAAUUGGCCGGAACAAAAACCAGCAUACGGAGUGGAAUGUCCGGGACCGAGUUCGGGAACCACUGUAGUAGAUUAUUCACAUAAUGCCAUGUCUAAUCAUUAAGAUAACCGUUUACCAUAAGGAAGCAAUUUCUCCUCUUUCACUCUGGCAUGUCAAUGUAAGAGUACUGUGAAAAGGGUUUUUGUAUUGGCUAUAUCUAUCAUAUUUUUUUAAUAUAAAAUGAAUCAUGUUUUGUUCCUUUUGAUUCUACAAAAUAUUUAUAUCCAGCACAUUUUAAAGCAGUUUUGAUUAGAAUGAUGCAAUCCAACGUGUUCAGUAUAAUCAAAUAGAAAUAUAUAAAGAUAUAAAGAAUAUGUCUGCGUUCCAGUCCUAAAAUGUUUUUCUCACAAUAUUUUGAACGAAUUGCAUUCUUUCUCACACUCCAGUAAAUAAGGAUGGAUGUGUCUAAAAAACACUGAGUGUUAUUUUCUUUCUAUUUGCCUGUGUGUUGUAUAGUGAGACAUAUCCAUUCAUUGAUGCACUUGUAAACAGCCCAUAAGGCACUGACUGUAAAUAAAAUGUCCAUUCACUCGUUCACUCAAAAAGACA